GUGAAAAUCAAAAUGAAAACCUAGUUUGUACAUAUAAGUGGCAACAUCGCAACUUGCCUUGUACUGAAAGUGGUACCGUAGUGUUAAAAUUGUAAAUAUUAAUCUAAAACUUCGGAAAUCUAAAAUUAAGGAUGGUCAAAGUUAAAGCUCGAGAACUUCGUGGUAAGAAAAAGGAAGAGGUUGAAAAGCAAUUAGAGGAAUUGAAACAAGAACUUGCAGCGUUAAGGAUAGCUAAAGUGACUGGUGGUGCUGCUUCUAAGCUGUCAAAAAUAUAUAUCGUGCGGAAGUCUAUUGCCAGAGUUUUGACAGUAAUCAACCAGAACACAAAGGAAAAUUUAAAGAAAGCAUUCAAGAAUAAGAAGUACAAGCCCACUGAUCUUAGGCCGAAAAAGACCAGGGCAAUGCGUAGGGAACUUACACCUCAUCAAAAAAAUUUAAAGACCCCUAAAGAAUUGAAGAAGAUGCGAUCAUGGCCACAAAGGAAAUAUGCUGUAAAGGCAUAAUUUCAUUAAAGCUUAUUUCAAACUUU